GAUACCACAAUGUCUCUUAUAUCCAAAGCAGGACCUGAUACCCCAAUGUCUCUUAUAUCCAAAGCUGGACCUGAUACCACAAUGUCUCUUAUAUCCAAAGCUGGACCUGAUACCACAAUGUCUCUUAUAUCCAAAGCUGGACCUGAUACCACAAUGUCUCUUAUAUCCAAAGCUGGACCUGAUACCACAAUGUCUCUUAUAUCCAAAGCUGGACCUGAUACCACAAUGUCUCUUAUAUCCAAAGCUGGACCUGAUACCACAAUGUCUCUUAUAUCCAAAGCUGGACCUGAUACCACAAUGUCUCUUAUAUCCAAAGCUGGACCUUAUACCACAAUGUCUCUUAUAUCCAAAGCAGGACCUGAUACCACAAUGUCUCUUAUAUCCAAAGCAGGACCUGAUACCACAAUGUCUCUUAUAUCCAAAGCUGGACCUGAUACCACAAUGUCUCUUAUAUCCAAAGCUGGACCUGAUACCACAAUGUCUCUUAUAUCCAAAGCAGGACCUGAUACCACAAUGUCUCUAAUAUCCAAAGCUGGACCUGAUACCACAAUGCCUCUUAUAGCCAAAGCUGUCCCUGAUACCACAAUGUCGCUUAGGCUACUUUCACACUAGCGGCACGGACCUCCGGCAGGUUGUUCCGUCGGGUGAACAGCCUGUCGGAUCCGUCCUGCCACUAGGGACCGUGUGCCCUCGGACUGCCACUCCGUCCCCAUUGACUAUAAUGGGGGCGGUGCGGAGUUCCGACGGAGGCACAGCAAGAGGCUGCCAGAAUAAAUGUCGGGCAUGUCAUAGUUUUUUUCCGGCGGCCUCUCGCCGUGCGCUGCUGUGCCUCCGCCGGAACUCCACCCCCAUUAUAGUCAAGGGGACGGAGCGGCAGUCCGGGGGC